GUUCAUAUUUCGCUUUUAUAAUACAUGGUGGUGCUGAUUAUAAAAAUAGGGACCACACGCAACGCGAGUAUGCCCAAAAGGGCGAGGUAUCGGCUUCCGUGGAGGAGGUGGACUUAGGUCCCGUUACAUUAAUUAAUUAAUUGUCCAAUAACUUAAUGAUGGUUUAGCUCCAAUAAACAUGGCAAGAAUCCUUUUCUAUCAGCAACCUAAUUACAAUAUUAUUUGUGAGAUAUACGUUAAUAUUCUAGUUGUGAACUAUGUCAGAUGUGAGCUAUUGAUAGAAUUUCUAAAAUAUGAAGUUAAUUCUACAUAAAAUAAUUCCCGCUCGUUGUUAGUUAAUUCCGUGGCACCGCUUCUAAUGUAUUUUUCUGCCCUUUGGCUGGAAAGUGACAACUUUCGGGCCGUUGCCCUGAAUGAAAAUGCAACUUUCCGGCUCCGGCCGAGCACAAAAAUAGUAUACGCACCUCAGCCAGUAGAAAAGAAAGCCUCAGACCACAUGUUUGUGAGCCUCGACCAGCAACUACAUGUGAUCCGAGACUUUUCUUAUUUUACUGGCCUAGGUAUGUAAUAUACUAUCAAUUAAGUGCCAUCGAUUUUGACAAAACUUUUAUUUGCAGAUACUUGAGCACCACCUGAGCUUUGAAGAAAGUCCACCUUUGGAGAACUGCAGAUCUCUGUGAAGGCUACCAGCAAUGGCUGAUAAUCGCAAACCUUCAUCUCAACAACCCAUGACCGGACUAAUGAAAGCCUUCCGGAAACUAAGCCCUACCAAGAGGCAGUACGUCGAGAUUACCCAGUCCAAUUCUUCGAUAUCGUCAUCUUGCUCUUCUUCAAAAAACUAUGAUUCUAGUUCCGGAAGAUACACACCGCUGUCAGAUGAAGGACGAAGUUCAGCUCGUGCAUCAACUUCAACUCAGGCUCAAAAACCAGCCUCUUCUCAACAAAAAGGAGGAACAUCUUCACGUGAAGACGAACAAAAGCUUCUACGUAAGCUACACACAACUUUUGGUGAAGCAUCCAAUUUGCUUAACGAAUAUGUCGACAUGCGUAGUCGCAAAAAGUAAUCCCUCGUUUUGGAUGUCAAUUAUUAAAAAUGAACACUGUUAACAUAACUUGUGACUUUAUUAGCUAUGAUCAUUAGUAGGUUAAUAAAUAGAUGAACAAGUAAUUAACUUUUAUUUCCCUUUCCUAAACACCUACCUAUAAAAAUAGAUCAUACAUGAGGUAAACAUUUAUUUCUACACUCCGACAGAAAUUAGAAUAGGUGAUAAUUUUAUAGCAGUAUAUUAUAUGUACCUGUCUUUCUAGUAAACAAAUGCUAAAGGUGAAAAUCACAAGAUUGCUAGUUAAAUAUUCACUUUAGAAGAAGCACCAAUUGCAGGGUAUCAGAGUUAGCAAAUACACUAGAUUGACAUGAAUUUAGAUUGCAUGCAUUGAGUAAAUAAAUUGACGUUUAUGUGUCAAUCGAAAACAUCGAAGGUCCAUUGUUUGUUGACAAAUUAGGUUUCACUAUAUUAGUUGAACAUGAUUUAUUGUUUGGCAACACUAUAUUACUUUAGCAUGGUUGAUUGAUUUGACACUGAGGUGCAUGAGUCCAAUAAAAGAGUCUAUCGACUCCUAAUUUGUCACUCCAACUUGCUUUGAUAAAUUGCAACUGAUGAUUAAUGAUCUGUUAACAAGACAUUGAUAGUUAAUCAAUCAAUCAUUGAUUUAGUGAAUGUGUGCACAAUGUUACUCUAUGAUUGACGGUUGUUGAACCAAGGAUGCGCAUCAUUUUGUUUGCUAUCUGCAGUACAGGAAAUUCUAAGAAAACAUAGUCCUAUUCAGGGAUGUAAUGUAGGAUAAGAAGGGCUGAUAAAAUCAUAUUUUAAGAUUUCAAGGGUUGAUCCGUCAACAUUUUCAGCGCAGCAUUUAUUAGCUUCCUUACGAAUAUAAUCUUUUUGUUCAACCCUUUGA